AAUCAAAACCCUGAAGGGAAGGCCUUGAACCUAAGAAAUUCUUUAAUCAUACUAAAAAGAUUAUCGAGAGAGACCAAGUCUUCGAUUGUUCUCUUCUCAGUUCCACCAACUUCGUCGGAUUUGUUUCUCGCUUCCGACAAUUUCCCCCCGAUUUCAAAACUUCUGUCUCCUUCAAAGCCCAUCCCUUUUCUUCAAAUGUUACGCUCCAGAGCUGGAAGAUAAGCUCAUAAGCAGCUAGCCAAUUGUCGCCUGGGAUCCAGCGAUGAUCGUCAGGACGUACGGCCGCCGGAAUCGUGGUCUUCCGAGGACUUUCUCCGACUCCUCUAGCGACGCCAUUCACGAUUCUUUCGCCGACUCUCUUUCUCAGGAAAGUUCUCAGGACCCGCUGGUUGGCAUCGCUUUCUCAUCACAGGACUCUUCCACUAGAUGGUCCACCUUCGAUUCUGAGCCCUACGGUACAAAUUCCUCUCAGGGUUCCUUUUCAGCAAAGCCUAUAAGGUCCUCUUUUGACGAUUCACUGAACGGGGGCAACAAGAAGUCCAAGAAAAUCAAGAUUGAGAAAAGGGAAUUAGAGGUGCUUAGGUGUUCUCAGCCGGCGAUUUCUUCUACAUCGACUUUGAUGGAAGCUCAGGAGUUUGGGGAGAUGAUGGAGCAUGUGGAUGAGGUGAAUUUCGCUUUGGAUGGGUUGAGGAAGGGUCAGCAAGUUCGGACCAGAAGAGCUAGUUUGAUAUCCUUGUUAUCUAUUUGCAGUACUGCGCAGCAACGGCGGCUUCUACGGACUCAUGGGAUGGCAAGGAGAAUAAUUGAUGCUGUUUUAGGUCUUAGCUUUGAUGACUCAGCCAGCAAUCUAGCUGCUGCAACUCUUUUUUACAUUUUGACGAGCGAUGGUCAAGAUGAUCGCCUUCUCGAAUCACCAAAUUGUGUUAGUUUUUUAAUUAAAUUGUUGAAACCAAUUCUUGAUAUGGCUGCUGAAGUGAAAGGACCAAGAAUUGGCCAUAAGCUUUUAGUCCUUCGAACGGAUUCCGGCAUCCUACAAAGUACAACAAAAAGAUUGGACUCCAAUUCUUCUGUGAUUUUUUCAAAAGUUGAAGAAAUUCUUGUAAGUUGCAAGGAGAUAAAAUCAAGAAGCAUAGACACUGGCGUGACUGAUAGACCAGAAUUGUGUCCAAAAUGGAUUGCAUUACUGACUAUAGAGAAAGCUUGCUUGACUACCAUUUCCCUUGAAGAAACAUCUGGUGCUAUAAGAAAAACUGGAGGCGACUUCAAGGAAAAAUUGCGAGAGCUAGGAGGACUUGAUGCUGUCUUUGAGGUUGCCAAGGAUUGCCAUUCCAAUAUGGAGGAUGCAAGAUAUGAGAACUUUCUGCAGAGCCUAAUGCUACUUUUGAAGUGCCUAAAGAUAAUGGAAAAUGCCACAUUCCUUAGUAAAGAAAACCAGAGUCAUUUACUUGGAAUUAUAAGAAACUUGGAUGGUCAAGGAGCACCACAAUCUUUCACAGAAAUCAUGCUACAUGUCAUCAAGAUUCUUUCGGGUCUCUAUCUACGCAAAAGUUCUGCUGCUGGUUUAAAUAAUGAGAAGUCAGCUCAUCUUCUUGAUGGGUCUUGCAAUACUUCCAAAGUGUUUGCAGAGGCAGAUGGUGAAGCAAACCGAAAGGUAACUCUACCAAGCAGCAGUUCAAAGACAUGGUGCAACAGCAAGACUACCUUGUCUGACAAGAGCUCCAUUAUAUCCCAGAACAUGAGAAAUGCCACAGCUCGGUUAGACAAUUCUCUAACAGCAUCUGGAACUACUAGCUCUUCAUUGGCAAAUACCAGUUUCUUCAAGAUGAGACAGAGGUGCUCCACAUCUGGUUCAUCCAGUGUGACAUCAAGAAGCACUGAUAAUGGAACGACUACAUUGAAUAACCAAGCUGUGGGGAAAAUUAAUCUUCCCGAUCCUUUUGCUUGUGAGCUUAACCUUUCAGAGGACCAAGAUCCUUUUGCUUUUGAUGAGGGUGAUUUUGAACCCUCUAAGUGGGAGGUACUUUCACAGAAAGAGAAGAAACCACGAGCUAAGAAAGGGGUGGUCAAAUUUAGAGAUCUUGAGAAUGGAUGUAAUUAUAAGGUGAUAACGAGUGAGAAAGAAUCAAUCAGUGGAGAAAGCCAUCACUUCAAUGAAACUUCAUGCUUGACAUCCUUUAAUGAGGAGGAGGGAUUCAAUCUAGUAGCUGAUUGCCUUCUUACUUCCAUCAAGGUUCUGAUGAACUUGACCAAUGAUAAUCAUGUUGGCUGUCAACAAAUUGCUUCCUGUGGAGGACUAGAAACUAUGUGCUCACUGAUUGCCAACCAUUUUCCUUCGUUCUGCUCCACUUCAUCCACCUUAAAUGGACUAAAAGUGCAUACAUUGAGUCUCGAAUUUGAGUUUCAGAACGAAAAGCAUCUAACUGAUCAAGAGCUUGAUUUUCUUGUUGCAAUUUUGGGCCUGCUUGUGAACUUGGUGGAGAAGGAUGGUCAUAACAGAUCACGGCUUGCUUCGGCUAGUGUUUUGACACCUAGUGUGCAUGGACCAGAAAAGGGUCAUAGCAACGUAAUUCCAUUAUUAUGUUCCAUCUUUCUGGCCAACCAAGGAGCAAGCGAUGGAGUUGGAGAAGGGGAGUCUGCGCCAUGGAAUGAGGAGGUAGCUCUUCUGGAAGGCGAAAAGGAAGCAGAAAAGAUGAUUGUUGAGGCUUAUUCAGCACUACUUCUAGCAUUUCUUUCAACUGAAAGCCAGGGCAUACGCGAUGCCAUUGUCGACUGUCUACCAGAUCACAGCCUAGCAAUUCUUGUUCCAGUUUUGGAACGAUUUGUGGCAUUUCAUUUGACGUUGAACAUGAUUUCUCCGGAGACGCAUAAAGCCGUAACCGAAGUGAUUGAAUCAUGUAGAAGUUCCUGAGAAUGAAAGCAAGGAGAUCCUGUAAAUUCUUCACCUUUCUUAGUCGGAUUGCUUAUCCUUCUUUAAUUGAUACCCUAGAAAUAGAGAAGCUGCAACAUACAGAAGAAGCCAUAGGUCUUAUCUCUUAUGUUGCUGUCUGAUUGACCAUUGUUCUCUACCUCUUUCCCAUCAGUUGGUGGGGUUUUCUUUCUUUUUUUAAAUUUUCAGAGUUUUCUCGUUCUACCAUUUUAAGCUUUCUUUUUUUCUUUUUUGGUAGUCUUUCUUCUUCCUUUCAUUUUUUUUCUUCAAUACCACCAUUGUAGCUUAUGAUAAGAUGCUUGUAUACGGAAAAGUGAAAACUAUAGUGGAAUGAAAUCAUUAUUCUUUUUCGAGUUUGUAAUUUA